GUCAACUAUAAAAACCGCGGAAUAGGAAAUCAGCAACGUGCAGUAACAUUUCUAUUUUUCUGAAAGAAACUUCUUCUACAAGUCUGUUGAAUUAGAAUGAACAAGAUGUUGAUCAUCCUAGUUCUUGCUAUGGUUUUGGUGAAUUGUUCUGCUCGUCCACAAUUUGGAUUUGGUGGAUAUGCACCUGGUGGUGGAACGGGUGCUGGAUUUGGCACUGGUAAUGCUGGUUUAUUUGGAGCGUCAGCCAGUGGAGUAGGAAUUUCUAGCGCAUACAAUGGCGGAUUUGGCAGUGGAUCAGGAUCCGGACAAGCUUCUAGUGGAGGUCUGUUUGGUGGACAAUACGCAAGCGGUACAGGCAACGGAUUUUCUCACGGAAAAUAAGAGAAGCAACGAUGUAAAUCAUUUUGCCAAUUUUAUUAUUUUUUGUAUGGUUGCAUUUUGUUAAAAAAAAGUUUUGGAUUUUAAAUAUACUACUGGUUGUAAUACAA